UUUUCACAUUGUGAUGACCAAUUUGGAUUGUUCACACCCCACUCGAUGGGAGUCCUCCCUUUUGACAAUUUCUGUACCAAAGUCUUUGACCCAACUAUCUUCUUCUUAAGUUCUCAUCUUAGUUAUGUUCUUGUUUUGGCAGCCAAAGUCUUCAACCUAUCUUCUUCUACCGUCCAAGAAAUACUCGAUAGCUGCCAACCAGAUCCGUACCAUUCAAUCCAAGAUAGGUUCUUACAGCUGCUAAGCUAAAUCUUUGCUUGUUAUUCAAAGUACAUAUAUCUAACCUCUCAUGUACUAUGUUUUUAUAUGUUUAUUUCCUGAACAGGGAAGAGAUAAAGAAGCUUGAGUCCUAAUGGAGGAUAUUGUCAGUUCUGCUGUUGUCCAGGAGACAGUUAACCAAGUUCUAUCUGGUCUGGUUAAAAAAUACGAGGAGAUAGACGAAUCAGAUGCCAACAGAAACUUGGAGAGGCUAGAGAUGGCACACACCAGGCUUGAGGUUGCUCUUGAGAUAUCUGGUAAGUGGCAGAUCACUGACGCAUCCUUGCUGCGUUGGCGUAGGAAGCUGAAGCAUGCUGCUCAAGAAUGCGAUGACAUGCUCCACAAAUGCAAGCAGAGGAUCCUAGAAGACGAGCAGAUGGAACAACGGGUAAGGAAUUCCUCCUUUCCAAGCCGGAUUGCGCAUGCUACCAAAUCAUUUGUCUCCUCCAUCAUUAGCUGUGACAACAACAAGCUGAUGAGAUCCGCUGUUCAAAGGUUUGAGUGGUUUGCAGAUGGUGCUACCGAGUUUCUGAGAUUUGUAGAUCUUGGUGGCACACCACGCAGGCACAUAUCAUUCUACUCCCUUGUCAAUAACCUUUUUGCAGGCAAGGAACUACAACACAAAAUCGUUGGGGGAAACCAGCACCCUUCCUCUCAACUAUGGUUGGAACCCUUUGGUUCCGCAGAGCACGGAACAGAGGCUCACCUGAUUUUUAUCCAGACAGAUGAUUCUCUGUCAGUGGGCAAUAUCUACUUUAGUAUACUAUUACAGAUUUCAGAGAGUACAGACAUAGUUGGUACCGCAAUUCAAUGCUUGCAGUUGUUUGCUCCUCCUUUCAAGUGUACAGUUGAAAAUAUUAUGAAAGAGCUUUCUCAACUACCAACUCAAUGCUUGACAUGGAUGCCAUCUGUUCAUUCCAACCAGAAAGAUCGGUUUCGUCUUCAAAACCAUGCAUCUCAAUGGAUUCGCCCAAAACCAUUAUGUUGCAAGAAGCAUAAUCGGCAUGAGCUUCGACGUAUUUGCAAUCCAGACAUGGUAGGACCUAUAGAUGAUUUCUUGGAGCCAGUAACUGAAGUGAAUUUGCAGUGUCAGGUCUCAUUGUCUCUGUACAACAAGCAGAGGAAUUUGCCGAUUGAAGGUAGAAUUUCUCUGCAGGAUUCUAGCUAUCUGAAAGCUGGAAUUUACUUUACACCCCAUCGCUCUUCAGAAGGCAUGCUACCUGGAAAUAGAUUCUCUGAAAUAGUGGCGAUAGUCGGUGAGGAUCAACAUUGCUUGCAAGCAGAUGUCACCUUGGAACAACUGGAGAUGACGCUGCCAACGUCAAUUGAUUAUUUCCGCCAGAAUACUGAAGCAACAAUUUACAAAAUGAUUUGGAAAUCUAAACAUAGCUCUGCACUUAUUCAGGUUGAGAGGGAAAGCAUGAGCACACAGAAAACUUUUGGGGGAACUAGGAAGAAAAGAAAGCUGUUGCAAGGACAUGAUGAGGAGCUAUGAGUCGAAAAUGUAUGAUCUCUCACUUGUUCGACUUAUGGCGUGCACACGUGCCCAUUCACCUAAUAAGUGCGUUCAAGAACUGGCUGCAGAACGAAGAAAGAAUGGGAAAGUUAUAGCACCACAGCUACACCUGAAACUCUAAAUCAUGUAACAUAGAUCAAUAAGAGAAACAAGGAAGGAACAGAAGAAAAUAUUGGAGUUCAUAUUCAUAAUUGAUAUGAGCACCGCAAAAGCAUCAUAGUAGAGGUGCUACCAGAGCACAAAUACGUGUCCAAGGGUUCAAAUACAGGGGCAAUCAGAGCAAAGAUACAGCAUCAUGGUUGUAGAGUUACAUGCCGAAUAUUUGUUUCAUGUUGGUCUUAAUUAACAAGUCUGUUGUACAUUAGGAAUUCAUGUUAGUGCAACACUAACUGUUUUGAGGGUAUUCAAUGUGUAUUUGAUACGGCGUUGGUUCUCUCACCAGUUGAUUAUAUGAUGGGUAUUACUAUAUAUAUACACUGUUAUACUUUAAGAUAAUGGGAGACUUUCAGAUAAA